UUAUGUCUAUGGUUUUAAUUUUCAAUGCAAAUUUUUCCUAACCUAUCGGAAAAUUGAAAUAUUUUCUUAUUAGUUAAAUAUAAAUAUUUUAUGGGAAAAAGUCGAUCAUGGCUGUACUCAGGCAAAUAAUAAGAUUGUCAGGAGUUACAAAUUCAGGGCAGUUUAACGCGUUCCUGAAGAAUUAUAGAUUUUUAAGUUACGUUUCCAAAGAGUACAAUGAAACAAAUGAUCCUAGGCCACAUUUUUUCAAAAGUGAUGUCCAAAAUCUCCUGUUGAAAUUAACCAGAAGUGAUCUUCAGAAAAUUUUUCACAAGAGGGGAGUAGGAACUCUUGAAGAUCCUAAGUUCGAAUUUUUAACUGAUGCGCAGUUGAAAGAACAAUUAGAUAAAAUGCAAAAAAAAGCGAUACAGUUACUUCAGUUUCCUCCAGCUGUAGCAGUGCGUAAACCAUUAGACAGAGUCCUAUCAUCUGAUCCAGCUUUGAUUGGGUAUGAAACUUCGAAAAUAGUUUUUACUGAUAUAACAUUUGGCCUUAAAAAUAAUGAACGAUUAAUUGUUGUUAGAGAUCCCAACGGGCAGCUUCACGAAGCUGAUUGGAAUGUAAGAGAUAGAAUGAAUCAAGUUUAUUUUCCUCAGACUCAUAGGCAAUUAAAAAUUCCUCAUUUAUUCAUUGGAGAGCAUUUUGAGGACAUUUUAAAUCGCAAGGAAUAUAUUUUCAUUCUAGAUCUUGCUUGCCAACAAUUUGAACCUGAUGAUAAAGAGUAUCAAAGGGUUACUUCUAUAACUUACCAACAUAUUUAUGAUAAUAACGAAUUUGAGAAGCUUCGUUCCACACGACAUUUUGGAAGUAUGACUUUCUUUCUUGUUUGGAAUAAAAUGAUUGACAAUUUAUUACUAGACCUUAUUGAAACAUGUCAUAUAGAUGAAGCAAAAUUAUUGGUCGAAUUAUAUGGGAAAAUUAAUGAUGUAAAUUUCACUCAAACAAAUGAUGAUUUUGGAAUGAUAGAAGAAUUCAUAAAGAAUAACUCAACAAAAAAAGCUGUAUUAGAAUUAGCAUUACAAUCUACUAAAGAUUUUUUGAAACAAAAGGAGAUUGUAGAGGAUGGUAUUAAGAAAGCGCAUGGUCAUAGUUGAAGGAAACUGAAUAUGUUUUGUAUGAGCUAAUUGUAAAUAAUAAUAAUAAUGCAGAGAAACAUUAAAGUACUUUUAGUGACUCUGAA